AUCGAACAGUAAACAAGAGGAGCACGUGGAGUGGUCGACGAAGAGGAGGCUUUCCUUUACUCUCUGGACGUGAUAUUAAAAAUGUCUAUUAUAAAGAAUAUAAAAGUGCUGUCGAGGAAUCCGGAUCAUCAUAUGAGAGAGACGAAACAUGAUAUCCAUAGAGUGCAGAGAAACUACGACCCAACCCUUCAUCCUUUUGAAGCUGCACGAGAGUAUAAGCUUGCUCUCAAUGCUGUCAAAUUGGAGCGUGUGUUUGCUAAGCCCUUUGUGAGCAGCCUGACGCACUCUGAUGCCUUGAGUGCCAUGUGUCGGCACCCAUCCCAGCUGUCGUCUGUGUUCACUGGCACAGUUGAAGGCGAGUUGAUGCUGUGGGACCUCCCUCAAAAGAAGUCAAAGUGGUCUGUCCAGGCCCACAAUGGCCAUCUUGGGGCCAUUGUAACAGCACCAGAUGGGGGCUCGUUCUUCACAGUGGGCAACGACAAGACCAUAAAGCGCUGGUCACUAGAGAAGACACUGGAGAACUCUGAUUUACCCGUUGACACCUGGAUGAGUGAAACAGUCAUCAUGGGCAUUUCACACCACCGAUACAACAAUGAGUUCAUCACAUGUGGAGAAAGGGUCUUGCUGUGGGAUGCUAGCAUGAAGGCCCCCAAAUUUUCGUAUGAUUGGAACACAGGAGCCCAUGGCAGUAAUGCCAGUGUGGUCUGCGUCAAGUUCAAUGACAUUGAGACCUCAUUGUUUGCUUCCAGUGACCAAGCAAACAACAUCAUCCUUUACGACACAAGAAGCAAGGAGGUGAAGAAGCUAGGGAUGAAUAUGAGAGUGAAUGCGCUUGCAUGGAAUCCCAUGGAGGCUUUCAUCUUAACGGCAGCCAGCGAGGAUUACAAUUGUUAUUCCUUCGACAUUAGAAACAUGAACAACAAGCACCGUAUAGUAGGCUUGCACGAAGGCCACACGUCAGCAGUCACUGAUGUCUAUUACUCUCCCACUGGCAAGGAGUUUGUCUCAGGAAGUUAUGACAGAUCCAUCAGAAUAUUCUCAACAGAAGAAGGAAAGUGUAGAGAUGUGUACCACACCAAGCGCAUGUUCAAGGUUAAUUGUGUUUUGUGGACAGCUGACAACAAGUAUGUCCUCUCAGGCUCCUCUGAUCACAAUGUGAGGCUAUGGAAGGCAGUUGCAAGUGAGAAGAUGGGUGUGAUGCGUGAAAGAGAACAGUCAGCCAUCAACUAUGCAGAGGAGCUGAAGAAGAAAUACAGUUCAUUCCCAGAGGUGAAGAGGAUCCAGCGGCACAGGCACUUGCCUGGCCACAUCUACCAUGCCAAGAAAGAGCAUGCCAUCAUCAGGGAGAGCAAGGCUGUUAGACAAGCCAACCUCCGCAAGCACUCGAAGAAGGGAGCAGUUCCACACAUUCCUGUCAAACAGAAGCCCGUGGUGGGCCUAGUUGACGAAGAGGAAGAAAAGUCCGAGUAGCCCAUUAGAGAUUAGGAAUUAUACUAAUAUAUAUUUUUUAUGGAUACAUUAUAUUUAUGAGGAGGAGAAGGAAAAGUAUGGGGAAUGUUGUGUGGACUUUUUUUUUAUUUUAUUUUAUGUUCAUGGGUCUUGUCUUGGCAUCUUGGCAUGUCAGUUCACAGAGAUGGAGACAUUCAGAUAUGCCAAAUCAUUUUCAUGUAGACACAUAGCCAGUUGCAUGGAUUUAUAUAUAUUUAUAGCAAAUGUUUGGAAAAAAUGUAUAUAGAGCUAAUAUUAAGACAUUUUUUUGGAGAGAUACUACAGGAAUUGCCAAUGAUGCAUGAUGUGUGGCAGAGUUUUGAAAGAAAGCAGGAUUUAUGUACACUGAUAUUUCUGUCAAUAAAAUUUAUACAAAAA